AUGUCAAGUGUGGGUAGACAUCUUGGGUGCUGGUUUUUCCUCCCGUUGGCAACCUGCAUUGUGUUGGUGGUCUUCAACCUUUCCACCAUUCGUUGCAGCUCACUGCUUCCUCCGGCAUAUUCCUCUUAUGAGAUAAUAAUCCCAAGACGGUUAGCAGCCCAAGGAGGGAAGACAAAGGAUGAAAUAUCUUACGUCAUCAAGGUAGCAGGAAGGGAUUACAUCAUCCGACUCAAGCCCCCCAAGCAUUUCCUAGCUAAAAACCUUCCAGUCUUCACGUAUAAUUCGAAGGGGGACCUCAUUGAGAGCCAUCCCUACCUGCCCGUUGAAUGCUACCAUCAAGGUUAUGUGGACGGUGUAGUUAAUUCCCUUGCAGUUCUUAGGACCUGCUGUGGUCUCACUGGUAUAUUGAAAAUUGGUGCAAGAACUUAUGGCAUUGAGCCUCUGCAGAAUUCCUCCACCUUCCAACACUUUCUCUACCUCUCCGAAGAAUCACAGCCUAUUUUCUCAUCAUACAGAACAAGGGUGGAAAGAACAAAGCACCAAGCAAAAAACCUGCAGACCAGACAUACCAGAACGGUGUACAAUUAUCUCCAGUACGAACAUUUCCCCAAAUAUAUAGAACUAUAUAUUGUAGUAGACAAAAACGUAUUUGCCCGAGAAGCAAAUAAUGUCAGCAGAGUGCAAACGGUAGUGCUGGAUGUGGUGAACAUUGCGGAUGCCACCUUUCAGAGUCUCAAGACAAACCUCGUCCUAGUUGGACUUGAGAUCUGGACUGAAAACAACUUAAUAGAAAUUUCCACAGACAUCUCAAAAGUUCUUCAAAAUUUCAAUAAGUGGAGAACAACCAACAUGGCCCAAAGGACAGCCUACGACACGGCCUUCUUGUUCCUUUCGCAGAAUUUCGAAGGUGUCUUUGGAAAGUCCUACUACUCUGCUAUUUGCGAGCCACAUUUUUCAGCAGGACUCCAAGUCUACCUCCCGAACGAGCUGACCCGCUUUGCAAGCGGAUUUUCUCACGAGUUGGCCUCUCAUAUAGGGAUGAGCCAUGACGACUCCUACUGUGUCUGUGGCGAACACACCAGCUGUAUUAUGCACACGUACCACGCCCCUGUUAACCUGUUCAGUAACUGCAGCAUUCUGGAAUUCAUAGAUCUUCACCAACAGGGCCUCUUGGGCUGCUUGCUAAACGUCCCUGAGAUAUCUUCCAGAUUUAAGCUCUGUGGGAAUGGGGUUUUGGAUAUGGGUGAACAAUGUGACUGUGGGGAACCAAACACAUGCAGGAACGAUCCUUGCUGCACUCCCGAUUGUCUUUUGAAGAAAAAUGCCAUUUGUGGAGCAGGGAAAUGUUGCCGGAAAUGUAUGUUCAUUCCCAAAGGAGAAAUAUGCCGGGCUAAAGCCAACGAAUGUGAUCUCCCCGAAUACUGUGACGGGAAGUCUGCACAGUGCCCAAAGGACUUGUACCUGCAGGACGGAACACCCUGUAGCAAAUAUUCUUCUUACUGUUACAAAAAGAGGUGCUGGAAUCACGAUUUCUUGUGCCGCAGAAUCUUUAGAGGGCAGUCCAGAUCAGCUCACGAGAGCUGCUACCUCGUUCUGAACACCCUCGGGACUCCCUACGGCAACUGCGGCAUCGAUUCUUCCAGGAAUGAAUAUUUGAAAUGCCAUCCUAUUCAUAGCAUGUGCGGAAAAGUUCAGUGUGUAAAUGUGAAUUCUCUGCCGGACCUGAAAGACGUGGUGUUCCAUAAGAUUGCAGUGCGAGAGAAUAUGUGCUGGAGCAUUUCACAAGACGGCGAAAUCCAUCACCAGGACAUCGGGUCCGUCCCGAACGGCAUCGUGUGUGACCCGUACAAAGUGUGCAUCAAUCACACAUGCGUCCCCAAAGCCGCACUUAAUUUGACCUGCGACCCGCGGAAAACCUGCCAAGGCAGAGGCGUUUGCAACAACCUUCACAAAUGCCACUGCAAUAGUGGAUGGGCCCCUCCGAACUGCAAGUAUUGGGGUGCAGGAGGGAGCAUCGAUGGAGGGUUUCCUGUGAUCGCCUGGGGUGACUCCUUGGCAAAGUACGUCCUGGGAACCAUCAUUCCUUUUUGCAUGUUGAUUAUCGCCGCUGUUCUUGUGAUCUUUCCAAAGGUGUGGGAGCUCCUGGGACCAUUUGUGAGGUGUUGGAAACCUACCAUGGGAAAAACAGACACCCAGAUAAAACUCAGAACUUUCCAACGUGGGAACAAGCACUGA